UGUUGCUUUUAUAAAGCAGACCACUCAGGCGAUCAGUGUAUACUUCUGAGGCGAAUUAGCGUGUUAGUGUUCAUCUAAAUGAUUAAACCAUAUUAAAUUAACGGAUAUCAGAUUAUGCACAUGGGAAAAUCACUGUCAGAGCAGGCUGCAUCUAAACCAUACCAGGGCGUGAGAGUCAAAGACCCUGUGAAAGAGCUGCUGCGCAGAAAGAGAGGAAAUACAGCCAAAACAUUGCCUCCAACUGCAGGCUACAGAUUUCUCACACCAUAUUUAUGGUCUGAAGGGCCUUCUGGUUUCCCGGGCAGCAGCCAAAGCGCUCUGAAUGAAUCAGCUGUAGAUUUUGGUGCCCUGUGUCCUGGUUGGGUUGCUCAGCCCAGCAGCACAGCUACCUUUCAGCCCCUAGGUCACUGGGCUCCUCCUGAGUAUUUUCAACAUGAGCAGAGCAUCUCCACCCUCCCCUCCCUUACAAGUGACAUGUAUGUCCAGCCUGUGUGUCCCAGCUAUGCAGUGGUGGGCCCCUCCUCUGUUCUCACCCUGGCCCAUGCCCCUCUCUUCACCAACCUCGGGACCAUAAGCUCUUCCACUUCAGGCCUGCCCCAGAUAGAUGUCCAAGAUGGCUCGCUGGCAUACAUCCCAUGGGCCCCACCCUUGUCUCCCUGUCCACAGAAUGUGGCUCCCCAGCUCCUGCCCAUGCCUGUUCCUGUGUCUCAUCCAGAACCACAGCAGGAGGAACCUGCCCCAUCCUCAGAGGGCACCCUAGCUUUAGAGAAACUUCUGGAAGAGGAGGAAGAAGAUCAGAAAGAGCCCUAUGCCUGCAGUCCUUCACUGUUUACACAAGACAUUUAGAAUGCCUCAGUACAUCUUUUAUACCUUUGCUGUUCUAAGCACUGAAAUGUCACCUGUGAAGUAAAAAGUCUACCUUUAUACCAUAAAUCAUGAAUUCAACAUUGUGUUCAAAUGCAUAUAUUAUUCAAAUAUCUUCUUAAUUGUUCAUAAAUGUGUCUUUGUAUAUAGAAUGCUUUAUUUUUUGCUUGUUGGGGCUAUAAAAAAACAAAUUUGUUUUGUAAAUACAAAAAAGAAGAAAUUAAACGUUAAUGUUAGUCAGUGAUUGUUCCAUGAGUUGUCAAACAAAUUUAAUCUAAGAAUCAUUUCACAUUUCUCUGUUCUCACUUGCUCUGUUUUUCUUAAAUCUGACCCAAAAAAAACCCUUUGUUUGUUUUCCUGCAAGUAUAUCUUAUACUUUCAUAUCCUGUAAGAAGAGAUAUAUUUUCUCAGCAGGUGUCACAUAACUCUUAUCAAAACCUUGUGAGUCCAUCAGAGCACUCUAGAUGAGUGUUUAGGGGGAAAAACAUCCCUUUGUUGCAGAGACUUUUAUCUGGUUAUCUUGACACAGUCAUUGUCCUUUACCUAGGAGUGCCAGUUUUACCUUGCGUUCCCACAACAUUUUUAUGGCCCUAGUUGUCUGCCCUGCACCUGCUCUUCAGCUGUCAACAUUACUAAGCUUUCAUUACAGGCUUGGUGCCUAUAAUAAUGAAGCAUAACCAAAGACAAUAAAGAAAUUAUUAUUUAUGUCU